CCUGCCCCAGUGCUCGCGCCGCACGGGCAGAGCUGGCUGGACCGACACGGGACGGGGCGCGGGACCAUCGCCUGCCCGGCUCCCUGGCCCCGGGGCACCCACAGCUCCCCGCGCCGGAGGGCACCGGCCGGCUUUCCGGGGGAUGCGGAGAGCUCAGAGCCGGACCAGCAUGGACGAAGCCUCGGAGCGGCCGCUGAACGGCAGAGGUGCCAGGGCAGGUCCCAAGGCCUCGGCGGCGCUGCGAGCCUUCAAGCGCGUCGGCAUCCCCGUCCUGGUGGCCGUGCUCGGCCUGGCCAGCGUCGUGGCCGUCGGGUUCUUCGUCAAGCUCUACCUGGAGCACCACUACUUCUUCUGCCCGCAGCCGCUGCGGCUGGUGCCGCUGCAGCGGGUGUGCGACGGCCACGCCGACUGCGCGCGCGGCGAGGACGAGGCCAGCUGCGCCCGGCGCCUCCCCGACGGGCCGCGCGUGGGCGUGCGCGUCUCCAGGGACGGAUCCACGCUGCAGGUGCUGGACAGCCUCACCGGAGCCUGGUGCGGGGUCUGCCACGACCACUUCAGCCUCCCGCUGGCAAAAGCCGCCUGCGAGCAAAUGGGCUACAGCAGCAUCCCCGCUUUCCGGGCGGCGGACGUGGGCGGCGGGCAGGCCCUGCCGCUCCGCGAGGUCGCGCUGAGCAACGGCAGGCUCCGCGUGCAGGCGGCGGGCAGGAAGUGCCUCUCCGGCGCCGCCGUCUCGCUCCUUUGCUCCGAGCAGUGCGGCGAGAGCGCCAGGGCCCCGCGGGUGCUCGGCGGGCGCCCGGCGCCCAUCGAGGCUUGGCCCUGGCAGGUCAGCCUGCAGUACCGCGGCGAGCACAUCUGCGGCGGCAGCAUCAUCGACGCCGGCUGGAUCCUCACCGCCGCGCACUGCUUCAAGAACAACCCCGUGGUGCAGAGCUGGCGCGUGAAGGCCGGCUCCAGCCUGCUGUCGGGCGGCGCCGCCCUCGCCGUGGAGAAGGUCUUCCUGGCCGAGGAGGCGCCCGCCUCUCCCAAGGACAACGACAUAGCCCUGGUGAAGCUGCGCGCCCCGCUGCGCCUCUCAGCCAGCAGCAAGCCCGUCUGCCUGCCCUACUUCGACGAGGAGCUGCGCCCGGGAGCCUCGCUGUGGGUGACGGGCUGGGGCUACACGCAGGAGCACGGCAAGCUGUCGGAGACGCUGCGUCAGGCGGAGGUGGCGCUGAUAGACAGCCAGAGCUGCAACCUGGCCGCCUACCACGGGGACGUCACGGAGAAGAUGCUGUGCGCCGGCCUGCCGCAGGGCGGGGUGGACACCUGCCAGGGGGACAGCGGCGGGCCCCUGCUGUAUUUGCGCGGCCGCUGGCAGGUGGUGGGCAUCGUCAGCUGGGGCCAGGGCUGCGGCACCCCCAGCACCCCCGGCGUCUACACCAGCGUCCAGCCCUACCUCAACUGGAUCUACACCGUGCGCAGGUCGGAGCUGUGAGACCUCUGGGACAGGUCCCCUCCGUCCCCGGCCUCCCACCCCUGACACGUUUGGCUCGCCCGGCCCCGGCAGCAGAUGCGAAAUGGAUCCUGAGCCGCUGAGGGUGAGCAAAGCCUCCCGACCUCGUGCAGGAGGGCGGCCAAGGAGCCGGAGGGCGGCUCUGAGCAGCAGCCACCGACACCGCCGAGGAAUCUGACGGGCUCGAGCUGCCUUCCGGAGAGAGAUUAAUUUAUUGCCCUGUGCCGGUCCCGCUGCGCCAGGCAGGUUCCCGCGGGUCGAAGCUGCCGCCUGCUCCAAGCAGUCCCCCUUUCUUAGUUCACAGAGAGAAGCGAUGUUUGUGCUGUCAGGUAUCCCCAUAAAAGAAAGGAUGUGUUUUUUCACGCA